AUGUCAUCUUCCUCCGAGAGUGGAGUAUCAGACACCAUAGACCCUAUAGCCAUAGUAUCGGAUGACGAGAUCAUCCCAGAGGACGAGGUUUUUACAUUUGACACCACGAGUAGCAACGAUGAUGAUUUUCGGCCCUUCGCUUUACCAGAUUUUGGAGAUGACAUACCUAUAGCUGAUGGUUUUCCUGAUGGGGAUCUACCUCUUGUUCAGAUCCCUGCUCCUUUUCCUCUUGCUGCAUUUCCUGGUCCCCCUGAGGGUGCCCAGGAUGAUGUUGCUAUUCCUCUUGAUGAGUUUCCAAUUGUUGAUGCCAUUGCUAUUCCACCUGUCGAGGUUCCUGUUGUGGAGAUUUUAGCUGACCCGUCUGGUCCCGAUUCAUUUGAGUCUGUGUCAUCUUCUACUCUUCAUGCACUGGGAUUACAGUGUUAUCCCACUGACACUGAUUCGGACACCGCUAUGUUUGCAGCGCCUGUUCCGCCGCAGGAUUUCGAGUUCGAUGAUGAAUUUGACCCUGUCUUUCCACAUGAUUUUGAUCCAGACCAUGAGAGUGAGUUCGUCCCUGAUGAGCAGCCUUUUGAGGCACCUGUUUUUCUUGAUGAUCAGCUCCUGGAUGUACUCGCUGAUCAUGAGCUUGCUCCAGCUGACCCAGAGCCUGAGAUUGCACCUGAGCCUAUACCGGCACACGAUCCUUUACCUGAGCACGAUCCGGUACCUGUCGAUGUAACAGUUGUUGCACCACCUCUGCAUGACCCGAUCCCUGUACUUAUUGACCAUACUCCUUUUGCUACCCAUGUAGACACCAGAUAUGCACACACCCGCAAUGGGUGGAUUGAGGAUGACGACGACUACCCUCCUUUUGUCAGACCAGUUACUCCCCCUCCUGCACCUGUACAUGCACCCAUUCAUAUCGCCCCAUUUCACCCGCAUGAGUCUGACAUUCACCGCACAGAUCUACCGGUCAUAUUCCUUCAGGAUAUCCCUCCUCCCCGUCCUGGGGAAGGACCAUCAAGUCAGCAGGCCAGUCACGUACCUUUUAUGUCAGCAACCGAUCAUUUCAUGCCACAGUUUACACACACUGCUCCUUCUUCUGCACCCACGGGCGAGCCACUUAUGUGGUUUCUGCCCAACGUGAUGCCUAUAUCGGAUCCACACCAUCCCUUCCACAUUGGAUACUCGAGGGAUGAUCUGCUUUUAUCCUUGCAGCUCCAGCAGGAUAUGUUGGGUCGUAGAGUCACUGAGCUAGAGAGGAUCCCGCGUCCUCCACCUGGUGCUGGUCCAUCACAGUUUGCUGCUCCAUCUGCUCCACUAUUUCCUUACCCGGAUUUCGACAUCUGA